AUGGCUGGGGGGCCGGGCCGGGCCGAAAAUAGCGGCCCGGCCCGGGGGCCGGAAGAGGUCGGCCCGGCCCCGGCCCCCUUCAAAUUUUCUCGGCCCGGCCCCCUGGGGGCCGGGCCGGGCCGGGGGCCGACCGGGGGCCGAACUGUAAAUAUGAACAAUGCAUUCAUUACGAGAUAUAACACAUUUUUUUGGGGCUUUGGUAGUUCAGCCCCCCAGGAAAGGUAGUUCAAACCCCCACUGUUUUGUCCAUUUUACACCCCCAUAAUGAAAAAUUUAGAAUAAUGCAGAAAAUGCAAAUUAGGGUAAAACGACCCCCGGCGUUUUAGCUCAAACCCCCAGUUACCGUCCAAAUUCGUUCUCGUAGUUCAGGCAACGCUGACCGUAGCUGAGAGAACCUAAUCCAGAGUAGGAGCUUCAGAUUGGAUGAGGAGGUUUAUGCUGGGUCCAGGGGGGCUGAACUGGACUGGCGGGUUGUACUACCUUAGCCCCCAUUUUUUUGUUAUAACAAUCGACAAUAAAUUUUUGAAAAAAAAAAUUACCAACCAUUGCCUAUAGUACAAAAAACCCAAUCGGUUCUUGGCUCUGCCUUUCUAAUAUUUUUGUUGGCAACCCUAAUUUUCGCUUUGGCUUUUAGUCAUUGGGGGCCGAUUGGGGGCCUGGCGGGGGCCCCCGGUCGGCCCGGCCCGGGGGCCGGAAGAGGUCGGCCCGGCCCCGGGGCCUUUAAAACUCGUUCGGCCCGGCCCACUAGCCAUGUCUAUGCACGACCGACCCUGCAAAAGCUGAACGAAUUGGGCUACGAAACUCUGCCUCAUCCACCAUACUCGCCGGACCUCUCGCCCACCGACUACCACUUUUUCAAGCAUCUGGACAACCUCCUGCAGGAGAAAUGCUUCAAAAACCAAGACGACGCCAAAACCGCCUUCGCCGACUUUAUCGCCUCCAGAACCCCGGAUUUUUACGCUACCGGCAUAAAUAAACUUGUUUCUCGUUGGCAAAAGUGUGUUGAUUCUAAUGGUUUCUAUUUCGAUUAA